AUGUGUGAUUGGUUCCUGACUACUCCUUGCUCCACCUUGGAGAAGCUCAACUCAGACUAUUCAGUCUUCCUGGACUACUUGGUCUUCCUAGACUACUCAGUCUUCCCAGACCCCUCGUUCUUCCUAGACCACUCAGUCUUCCCAGACCAACCAGUCUUCCCAGACCCCUCGUUCUUCCUAGAUUACUCAGUCUUCCCAGACCACUCGGUCUUCCUAGACCACUCAGUCUUCCUAGACCACUCAGUCUUCCUAGACCACUCAGUCUUCCUAGACCACUCAGUCUUCCUAGACUACUCGGUUCACUCAGACGACUCGGUCUUCCUAGCCUGUAAGGAGUCUAAGGGAACCCACAUCUUGGAUCCUUACUAG